AUGGUUGAAUCCACGUUAAUUUAUAGAUAUGACGCACUUCCAUUGUGUGGAUCGGUAGAUGAUGACAACAGUACCAACUCGCAGGCAUUGCUAGAACAAAAAAAGAAAUGCAAAAUUUUAAUCAGCAGAAUAACCCCAAACUCAGAACCUCAAGCUACUAUUGAGUCGGGGGAAUUCAACAUUCAUUACUUGAUAUCUCAAGGGAUUAUAUAUUUGUGCAUAUGUAAAAAGUCAUACCCACGAAAGCUUGCAUUUUCAUACUUGAAUGAAAUAGCACACGAGUUUUACAAUAGUCAUGGACAAGAAGCUCUAAGUCCCACAGCUAGGCCUUUUGGAUUCACCUCAUUUGAUAACUUCUUGCACAAGACAAAGAAGAUUUACCAAGACCAAAGAGCUCAGUCCAAUUUAGAUAAAUUAAAUGAUGAUCUUGCCGAUGUGAAGAAGGUGAUGACCAAAAAUAUCGAAGAUUUAUUAUACAGAGGUGAUUCAUUAGAUAAAAUGAGUGAUUUAUCGAGUUCCUUGAAGCAAGAUUCGCUCAAGUAUAGAAGAAGGGCUCAGAGAAUUAACUUAGAAGCUUUGAUCAAGCAAUAUAUCCCAAUUAUAGGGGUUGGAUUGCUUUUCGUAUUCAUUUGCUAUUAUUUAAUAAGAAGAUAG